AUCUAUAUAAACCCUAUAUAACCUUCACGCACACGCUCCCACCUUCGGCCACCCCCACUUCUCAGCCACCGUCAGUCGUUGAACCGCCGUCUUCACCGGCGGCUCUUCGCAGCUCGCAACCGCUGUCUCCGGCUCCCGUCCAUCACUGCUGCCGCGCGCCUUAGACCAGGCCCAAUUUAUUUGAUUGCAAAGCCUUUUCCCUCUCUUACCUGGGAGUUUUGCUGAAGCUGCAGCUCGUUUUCAAUGGAGGCUUCCUUAUUAGGGUUCAAAGAAGAACCUGAAGUGGAAGAUGAUACAAAAUCGUCUUCAAGUGGACGGAGAUUGGUCCCUUGGUUGAACUGGGAUGAGUGGCUCUUUGUUAAAGAUGCUCUUUUCUCUAAUUCUCCUAACUCUGUUUCCUCUGCUCUCAAAAGAAUAUCAGCAUGGCGAAGUCGAGGUACGCUGCCAGUUCUCGUUGAUGUCACUGCAUCCAUCAUUGAAAUUCAGCAUAAGGACCCCUAUUUUAGACAGGAUCAAUCUAAUGACAAUCCUCUGUCAGAGGAGUUGCUCACCAUGCUGCAUUGCAUGUCAAUUGUGAGACUUGUGAAUGGUGUUGUUGAGAAGACACGAAAGAAAGAAUUGGUGUCAAUUGCUGCGGCAGCUGAUGCAAUUGGCAUUCCGCGCAUGCUGAUUGAUGUUCGCCACGAGGGAUCUCAUCGUGAGCUUCCUUCACUGAAGGUUGUUCAAAGUGCCUCCAUUAAGGCACUUGAUUGGUUAAAAUCUUAUUAUUGGGAACCUCAGAGCCAAGCGAUUCCUUUUCAAGGUGAGGGCAAUGCAGAAGUCAAAAAAGAAAUCAAGUCGAAGAUUCGGGAAUUAGCUAUCUGCUUGAAAUUCAAUGGGAAUGCCCAGUCUAGUGAUUUACCGCUCAAAGGAAAACGGGUCAAGCAUGGUGAAUUGCUUUUAGGGCGCCAUAAGCUUUUUUCUCUUGUGGUUGGCAAGAGUCAAACGUCACGACUUGGAGGAUCUAAAAAACAAAUAACAAAGAUAUUGAAAUCUGUUCUUCAGUUAUACUCUUCCUUCUCCUCAGAGAUUGUGUCUGUGUUAUUGGAGUAUUUGUUGAAAGCUUUAAGCUCCUCAGAAGUAAAAAAGAAUGUGGAUGCUUCUGGUGGUCUAACCAUAGAAAAAGUUUUGGCUGAUUGGAAGCUUGUCAUGCUCAAAUUGUCUAAUAAGGAACCAGAAUUACUUUUGAACCUUCUUAAGGAAGUUCUUGAUAUGAUUGAGACUCAGGAAGAUACGAAGUCUGUGGAAGAUAACCCAAGUGUUGGGAUUUCACAUUCGAAGGAAGAGUUUCGCCGAAGGGAUUAUCUUCCUUCUCUGUUUGCUUGGCUUGUCGGAAUUCUCAGCAAAGUUCCUUCUGCAUCAGAAAACAUGCCAAAGAGAGUUUUGCGCGAACUUCUUCGUAAAUGUCUUCUAAUAUCACAACUUUGCAACAAGCAGCUAAUGGAUUCAGCCCUGCAUCUUGCAAAGAUGAUGAAUGACAGCUUUGUGUUGGAGAAGGUUCAAAAACUCUCUCUUUUCACUUUGCCCAAUUUUGACAAUGCAGAUGUUCAAAGCUCUUUAUUGACCUCAACAAAGAUGUUCCAAUUUGAGGAAUCCAUUCGUGAAGCAGCUAAAAAGCUAGAGUUAGUUAAACAACAGAUCAUGAAAAAUAAAAAACCAACGACACUGAAUUGUGAGACCAAAAAGCCAAAGGUUUGGACUUUGACAGAGUCAUGGAACCCAUGUCCGAUCGGCAUGUUGCCUCGUGCUGUUGGUUCAUCUGGUUGUCUUCCUGUUCUUGACAUUAUUGAUAACGUAAAACAGAACAUUAUUGAUAAUGUAAAACAGAAUCAAGUAUCAGAAAGGAAAGAGAUGCCACAUGGUGCCAAGAGAGACGCCACUUUAGACCUUGAGCUACUUGAUAAUUCAGCCGUCAAGAAGAUAAGGGAGACCAAUGAAUUUGGUGAAUUAAACGAUGAACUUCCACCGGAAAGGGACAAUAGAUGCCUCUUGGUAGAUGGAGUUUGGAAGAGAGUUACUGAAGAAGAGCUGCAAGCCAUAGAGUCUUCAGUGAGGAUUUUAGUUUGAUUGGUAAUUACUGCUUAGCCCUUCUCAAGUUUUGAUUAUGAUAUGUUAGUUAUUUAUAGUUUUUCUUGAACUUAUUUUAGCAUAUUCCGUAUAUAUGCUACUACAUGUACACCAAAUUACAUUUUGCAUUUCUAAUUCAAUUUAUAAAAAUUAAGAAA